AGGUACCGGCGCUGGGGGAUUUGGUGGAGGAGUUGGGAACGACAUGUACGGCAAUGUAAACGGAGGCAUGUACGGCCAAAACCACAACGGGGGCGGGUUUGGUACUAGCGGAGGCAUGGGUGGCAAUUUCGGCCAACCCCCGAAUCCAGCCCAGGCACAGAGACCGUCGUCGCUUUCCCCGGCACAUAUGCAACCACCCCAUUUCCAGCCACUACCCCAACAGAUACGCCCACACACUCAGCAGCAGCAAGCACACGCGCCGGCAGGAUCUGAGUCGCUCAAUGGCCCUGGGUUUGAACAAAUGGCAUCGCUUGUCCACAACCCUAUGUUUAGCUCUAUGGCGGCCAAUGUUACCGAUUGGGACGCGAAAAAGGCUGAUGUUGAAAGGAACGUAACUAAGCUGCGGUUCUACUUUCAAGUCAGUAAUGCGUACGUCUUGAACAAAAUGAAGCUUAUCGUAUUUCCCUGGUUGCACAAAGACUGGUCAAGGCGGCUGUCGCAUGAAGGCCAGUUCCUGAACCCAAGGGAUGAUAUCAAUGCACCGGAUCUAUACAUACCAGCGAUGUCGUACGUCACAUUUGUCGUACUCACGGGGAUCUACUACGGACAUCAGGGAACAUUUGAACCCGAAAAAUUGGGAAUUGUGGCUAGUUCGAUGCUGGUGUGGCUCAUACUCGAAGUUCUUGUGGUCUUUGGUGGUUUCUACCUUCUCAGCGUAACAGCAAACUACAGCUGGUUAGAUAUUGUAUCUUACUGCGGAUACAAAUACACAGCCAUGAUCAUGGCUCUGGCGGCGUUUAUGGUCGGCGGUAUUACCCCCUACUACUGCGUCAUGGGUUAUGCAGGGUUAGCUGUGGUUGUAUUUUGGCUCCGAACGCUACGUCACGUGCUUAACCCAGCCGUUCCUGAUUCUAUGCACACGCACACCAACGCCAAAGCGAGUAAUACCUUUGUACUGGUGAUAUCUGCGCUGCAAGGUGCUAUGAUAUAUUUUUUGACCAAUUUAUAAGCUAUCGCGGCACAUAACUUCAAAUAUUAGAACAUAUGAUAUGUUGUAUUUUUUCAAAAAGGCUAUAAUUAGAAAUGUAUCUGAGUUUGCUGGUAGUCUGAUGCAGUUGUAUAUGCCCAUAAGUGAGUUCAGUGUUGUUCAGUGUUCACUGCUGUCGGCCGGGGACUUUAAAAUAUGGAGAAUCGCCAGAAACUGGAAAGAUGAUGCCGAAUUGCCGAUAGCAGACCUUCUGAAAAUAAAUAUUAAUGUGUGAAGGGGA